AUGGAGGACGACUUGGCUUCCGAGGAGGACACGCUGCUCCUUUCGGAAAAGAUGUUCCAUGAUGCAGCCAAACGAAACGACACAGCGAACAUGAUCGAGCUGAUCAAGAGAGGGGUUGACGUCAAAGCUAAGAAUAAUGUAGACAGGACUGCUCUCCACUGGGCUGCAGGAGCUGGCCAUGAACAGGCAGUCCGCCUCCUCCUGGAACACGAGGCCGGCGUGAAUGAUGAAGACAGUUUUGGGAUGAGCGCGCUUCUUCUGUCUGCUUGGUUCGGUCAUUUACGUGUCCUUCAGAUCCUGGUCAAUGCCGGUGCUAAAACCAACUCUGUAAAUAAGGUAGGUCACAACCUCCUACACUGUGCUGCCCAAAGGGGUCAUCUCAGGGUGAUGAAGUUCAUCGUGGAAGAUCUGGAAGAUGUGAGGCUGGAUAAGAAAGAUAAGAUGGGCAGGACAGCCCUUCACCUGGCUGCAGAGAAGGGGCAGGUGGAGGUAGUGGAGUUCCUCCUGGCCCUGGGCUCUUCUCACAACAUCAAAGACAAGGAGAAGAACAUAGCUCUUCAUUUGGCAGCUAUGAAUGGACAUGCUGACGUAUUACAGAAACUUCUAGAAGUUGGCGUGGAUCCGGAUGAAAAGAAUGCAGAAGGGAUGACUUCCCUGCAUUUAGCUGCUGAGGGAGGUCACAACGAUUGCAUCCAUCUCCUUCUAGAAGCUGGCUGUGAAGUCAAUGCCCAAACGCAGAAAAAAAUGACCUGCCUUCAUUAUGCUGCACUGAAUGGCUAUGUAGAUAUGGCCAAAACCUUCCUUGGUGCAGGAAUCCAGACAGAUGCUCUGAAUUACCAAAAUGCAUCAGCCAUGCACAUUGCAGUGCUACGGAACUACCCAGCCAUUGUCAAACUUCUCAUUGAUGCUGAAUGUGACCUUGAUGUUCCUGAUAAUAGGCAACAGAGUCCUCUUCAUAUUGCUGCGGAGCACGGAAGGCAAGAUAUUGCUGAGUUGAUCCUCAUGGCUGGGGUGAAUUUAAAAUUAACCGAUAAGCAAGGAAAAACAUCACUGGACGUAGCUGCUCGUGGGAACCACAUCACUUUGGCUGAUAUGAUCAUCAAAGCGGAUAGGUUUUACAAGUGGGAAAAAGAUAACCUCAACAGCGACUCUGAUUCCUGGAUAACAGAACGUUUAACUUUCAAGCAAGACCAUCGGCUGGAAACACAACAUAUCCGUUCGGUGAUAUGGCGGCUGGCAACCAAAUACCUCAAGGCCAAUGAGUGGAAGAAACUUGCACAUUAUUGGAAAUUCACGGAGGCGCAUAUCCGGGCCAUUGAACACCAGUGGACAGGCACCAAAAGCUACCGAGAACACGGCCAUCGGAUGCUGCUGAUUUGGCUUCAUGGGGCCAUCAUGGCAGGAGACAACCCAAUCAAAGGAUUGUAUGAAGGGCUGGUUGGCAUUGGGAGGAGCGAUUUAGCAGAAAGUAUCCGGAAACAAGCGAAUGCAGAUUCACCCGCAUCUCCACGCAGGUGUUCAGCAAUGUGAGCUCUGAGGUGCUACACAACAAGGCUACAUGCAACUCUGCCAGAGGUUUCUUUCAGAACUUUGCCUCCAAAGGGCCACCGAUUCCAAGGGCUUCUUGCCAUCUUGAAUGGCAACCUUUCCAAUCCAAGUCAGGUCGACGUAAACUGUUUUACGGGCAUCUAAAUCACAGCAAUGUAUCUGUAGGGUCUCAGUUGGAGAGAAGGGGAAAUAACAGAUUUUAUCCUCCUCCACUGCUCCCCAUCCCCGAGGUCUGAAACAAGGUCUAAAGCUGACUUUACAAGGGAUUUUUAUCUCUUCUUAUCAUUGCCAUACGAUCCCAUUGAUUUAAUGUUUAUGGAGAUUCUCGGCCAGCCCAUUGACUUGAUCUCUGGAAUAACUCACAAUGAAGAGGUUUACACCUCUUUAUACAUGUCCUUCAUUGGAAAAAUCUCAUGGUGACGUUCAUCAUCCAUCCAACUUCUUGCUGUUCUGUGUUGUAGUAAGACAACUAAUGCCUCUAAAACUCUUGACUACACCUCACACCACAGCACCAAUUGCAAACCAGCAUUGCUAAGGACGAUCAUCGCUCUGGUGCUAAUAAGCCCCUCUUUGGUCCAGAGUUAACUUGUUUCUGUCCUAUUCACAUUGCUCUCUUUGUUUUCCAAUUAAGAGUUCAUAAAGGCAUGUUUCCUUCAAUGGAACCUUAUCCUAAAAGCAUGCUUUGUAGGCAGACACAUGGGUCAGAAUGUUCUGCAAUAAUCUGGCAGUUCAACUUUAUAGAUUAAUCCGAGUUUCGAAAGUUGUGCCAUGUUUACUUUUUGAGUGACUGUUCAAAAAAAAAUAGAGAAGCUGGGAUUUUAUGCCUCUUCCUCCCAACACAUAGAUAAAAGUAAAGGUUUCCCUCGUACAUAUGUGGUAGUCAUUCCCGAG